CCCGUUGCACCUAAGAAUCCCCUCAUCUGUUUUCUAGUCAUAGGUUUGGGAAUGUUGAGGAUAGCUUCAACUCUACUAGGGCUUCUCUGGUUUUUCUGCUGCUUCUGAUACAGAAACCAGUGACCAGCAAAACCAUCUCGCACGUGUUCCUUUUUGGGGUUUUUUGUUUUGUUUUGGUUUUUUUUGGGGGGGGAGAUCUGUGUUUUCAAAUGUCUGAUUGCAUAAGGGCCUUGAAUGCUGUAUUGUAGUGAUCUUAAAUGAAGGGCAGCAGUCAUGCAACUGAGUUGCAAUAGGUUUAACCCAGUCAACUCAGUGCCUUAAAAUAUUUUGAGGAAAGGAUUCCUUAGGGUGAUAUCUUUUAUUGAAGCAAUUGCAUAGUUGGGAUAGUGUUAGACAAGCUUUCGAAUGCAGGACAUUCUUCUUCAGGUGGCAUGUUUUGGAAAUAAUAUAAAUGCUAUCUUUUGUGGUUUAAAACAACCUGAAACUAUUGGGAGACUCUGAUUGGAUGUAGCUUAUCCACAUCCUCUCCCUAUUGGGUUUUAUUUUACUUGUCUUUGAAGCUUCUAGUGUUGACCACGGUUUCAUUCAAGAUACCAAAUCACCUGGUUCACAAGUCUGAUCUAGUGUGGCAAUUCCUGUAACUUGUCUGAAUGCUAUUUCUAGUGCAACUGCUUAAUUUGAAGGCUUGUGAAGCUAUGAUUUCAGUAUAAAUCCCAUCAGCUUUGCCAUUCAUUCAGCUUACCCAUCUUUUCACUCCCUCUUGUUCAGGUUCAAGAGCGGUUUGUGGCUCAUGGAAAUGACAGACUCAAGCUGAUUGUAUUACUGUGUAGUGAGGAUGAUGAGACGGUCCAGAAAGCAGCUGCGGGAGCUUUGGCCAUGCUGACAGCAGCACAGAAGAAACUCUGCUAUAAAAUGACUCAAGUGACAAUUCAGUGGCUGGAAAUCCUGCAGAGGCUCUGCUUGCAGGACAGUGUGGAUGUUCAGCACCGUGGGCUGGUUGUUGCUUACAACCUAAUCAGCGCUGACAAAGAACUCGCCAAAAAGUUGGUAGAGAGUGAGCUCCUGGAGAUCCUGACAGUCGUUGGCAAACAAAAAGAUGACCCCAAAAUACAGCAUGCUCUUGACGCAGCUCGUGAGUGCCUUGUGAAGUGCAUGGACUAUGGGCUGAUCAAACCGCUGUCACGGGCAUGAGGACAUCAUUGUCUAUUGAGAAACGGCAAGGAAAGGGAGGCCACCAGGAGGUCUGGAAGUCUUCCAGAUCUGCAUAAGGACACUCAGUCCCAUGGCCAAGGCUUUACUGAGCACUGGCUUUGUGUGUUUUGUCCUGAAAGAAGGUAAAACUUAAUGAUAUCUAGGUACUGCAAAUACCUUCAGUGCCAGGAUGCAGCAAAUUUCCACUGAAAGAAGCAAUAUGGGAAGCACAUUGAACAGCUGCUGCUUCAGGAAGUCUCAAAAAGGAUAAAGAGAA